UGUGUGGCGUGUAGGGGAAAAUGUGGUUCCCCUCAACGGUCUGUCUUCUUCCCCUAGAAUUCCGAUAUUUUUCGGGCUGCCGUCGCCGGCAUGGAAUCGAACCGGAUCUGGCAUGACCCUGUGGUAGAGAUCUUCAGCAACCUCGUCACCCCUGGGGUUUGCUGCUCCGCUGAGGCGUAUGACCUGGCCAAUCGCCGGUGGUACCGCCUCGAAGUCGACGCGGAAGUUCUAGAUGAAGACUGGCUGUCUUCAACGGUCGCCAAGCAUGUCAGGGAGUCCUACGCCGCCAACAAAGAAGUGCCGCCUUGGAACACCAUCAAGACUACAGCCCGCGGCAGCCCCGUCACGUUUGAGACCAAACCCGAUGACCGCGUUGAUAGGCUAAUCACAAAGUCGCUGUCCUACGGCUCGGAAGCGACGAACAAGCUGCCAACCACCACCUUUGACCAGCUUGAGAGCUUGACCUAUAUCAGUAGGUCAGCAGACCGAUGCACCUGGCAUGGCAAGGACUGUGUCUUCAAGCGCAUCGAAUUUAACGUCGACAUUAAGCCCAUCAUGAAAGAGAUCCGCAUUCGGGAGACCCUGAUCGACGCCAUAGGGCCGGUCGGCAUCGCGGACGUCAACGCCGAGAUUACCAGGCGCUUCCUGGUCGUCCCGGUGCUCGCCGUCGUCAUCGGAAACUUGAAGCCGUGGAAGCCUGGCACCGUCGCGGGGGUCCUUAUGCUCUUUGCCGGCCCGGACCUUGAGAUCUUGGCCAGGGACGCCGAUGUCGCCCUUCCCAUCACCGAACGUCAGCUCCGGGACUUAGUCCGCGGUGUACGGGACCUUGGAAAGUGCGGCGUCGAGCACGGUGACAUCAAGUACUGGAACACGGUGCUCCAGCCGGCGGAGGAAGACGACGCGGCGGCGGCGGCGAAGCUGCUGCUGAUCGAUCUUGGGUCCGUGGCUCCCGAGUACGACGGGGAUGCGAAGGCCCUGGGCGCAUUGCUGCUUUGGUGCCUGGAGCGCGCGCCAACGCUGAAGGAGAACGAGGCGGCGAGAGCGAGAGUAGACGCUGCGGCGGCGGCUCUCGCCGAAGAGGACUUCGAUGCUGCGCUGGAGUCUUUGUCUCCUGGAGAUGCUUAAAGGUGGCAACUGAGUUUAACUAGAACGUUAUUUGAUGCUCUUCAUAGGAAUCGCCCCGGAACUUGUGUGACUGGAGAAUAGAGAGAAUGGCCCCGGAUCCCCAGAUCUAAACCGCUAAGGAUCUAUGCGAUUCUGCCUAGUCUCAUAGAGUCUCCAAAUAGUCGGCCAUCUCCGUAUGCCCCCUGUCUCGUGCACGCUGUGCGGCUGUAUGCCCAUGCGCGCCUCGCACAUCUCUCUCUGCUCCGUGCCUGA